AUGGUAAACACCAUCUAUGCAGUCACAGGAGGCAACAAAGGCAUAGGGCUAGGCCUUGUAAAAGCCUUGCUGGCUAGACCAUUUACGACAGUCAUUGCUUCUGUCCGCAACAAAGAAGCAGCUGCCUCAUUCGAAUCCGCCAUUGGGAAUGUCCAAAAAGGCGACAGCAGCGAGGUCCACAUCAUGCUUCUCGAUUUCACCAAAGCUCCAACCCCGUCUUCUGUUCGCGAGGCUUUUGACCAGGCAACGUCCAGCACGAUUGACCGCGUCGACGUCUUGGUCAGCAAUGCUGCUGCAGGCUGCCCGCCUUCGCCGGUGGCAUCCCUCAGCGCCGAAGACCUCAGAAGCCUUUUCGAGGUCAACACUAUCUCGCCCUUGAUGGUGUUUCAAGGUCUUUGGCCACUGAUGAACACGCCACGAGCAACCGGAGAGAUCGGGCCCAAGUUUAUCGCCAUCUCGUCAAUAAUGGGGUCUAUCGAAUUCUUCCAACCCGUCCCUAGUGGCGCGUAUGGUCCAAGCAAAGCUGCACUCGAUUGGUUUGUGAAGGGGUUACAUGUGCAGAACGAGAACCUGAUUAGCGUGGCUGUCGACCCAGGCUUCGUCCGGACUGCACUGGGCGAAUAUGCGGCCAGGCAGUGGAACGUUGAUGUUGAGCACCUGAUUGACGUUGAGACCUCUGUCAGUGGAGUGCUUCAGGCUAUUGACGGGGCGAGUCGUGAGACCACGUCAGGAAAGUUGGUGCGCGUUCCAGACAAAAUUUGGGCUUGGUAG